CUUCGCCAUUGACGGAGAUUUUGCGGCGGCAAAGCUUACCUCGAAAUAUGAAGAAGUUGAUGGAUUGUCGAAAACCGGUCCGGAGGUUCAAACGACCAGAUGCAGGACCACGGGGAGAGGAGGAAAAAAAGUUGGAGUGUCUUUGCUCAACGACACUGAACAAGACUCGUUGUGGAGAGAGAUGGAUUGAGCUCGUUCGAAGGGGAGCACACGAGCAGACGAUAUGGAGAUGAUGAGAGAAGAGAUGGAAAGAGAAAGGGAAGCUUUGGUGGGGAGAAGGGAGAGAAUUGACGAAUGGGCCCGAAGGUGUUGGUGGUCGAGGUGGAGGAGAAGGAAUUCGCGAUGGUUUGGGGCUUUGGGAAUUUGGGGCGGCGGUCAGCGGGAACGGAGGGGAGCUGUGUGUCCGCAGUCAAAAAAAGGUGAAGGGGGCGGGUUGAGCAAGAAAUUAAUCAGUUCAAUGGGUCAACCAGGUUUUCUGGUCUCUUGGGCGGGAGACCAUAAGCUGAAGAGGAUGGUCGGAUAUGCACACGCAGAAGACGCAUACGAAGGGGGGGCAAGGGAAGCUACGGGAACAGUUGAGCGAGCGACACACAGACAGACGAGACCCGAGACCCUUUUUGAUGACCCGCCAACGACUUUAGUUCGGCGGGUAAGCGAGAGUAGAGGAUAAUGGCACCUCCGACCGGCGAACGCCCACCGAAAAGACGCCAGGGUACAGAGCCAGGGCAAGGGAUUUUCGAAAGGAAGGACGGGGGAAGACGACCG